GAUAUCAUGGCUAUGGUUAAAAUGAAUGUCCUUCAUUGGCAUAUCACAGAUGACGAAUCGUUUCCCUUUGUCUCAACCACCUAUCCAGAACUGUCAGACAAGGGUGCAUAUCAUCCACAAAAGUGUACAUAUGACGAAGAAGAAGUAUCUGAUUUAUUGGAAUACGCCCGUCUCCGUGGAGUCCGGAUCAUUCCAGAAUUUGAUACUCCAGCGCAUAUGUUGUCAUGGGGAAAAGCAUAUCCACACAUACUAACAAAAUGUUACAAUGAUUCCAAGCCAAACGGGAAAUUCGGUCCACUGAAUCCAGCCAAUGAAUCCACGUAUGAGUUUUUGAAGCAAUUCUUCACAGAAGUCAUCGGUAGAUUUCAUGACAGUUAUAUUCAUCUUGGUGGCAACGAGGUAGAUUAUGAAUGCUGGAAGUCGAAUCCGGAUAUAGUUGAAUUCAUGCAGAAAAUGGGAUUCAAUGAUGACUAUUUUGAAUUAGAGAAAUAUCACUUUAUGAAAGUCAUACAAAUUGUCAUGAAUAUGACGACCGAUCCUGACUAUCCAAUGACGCCUAUUGUCUAUCAGGAGAGUUUUGUCGAAGAAUGUGGAUAUGACCAAAGUACAAUAAUUCAUGUGUGGAAGAGUGAUAAUUGGAAGAAUUACACCUUCAAUGCUACUGAAGAUGGACACUCGGUUAUAAUCUCUGGUAUUUGGAAUCUAAACGACUUACAGCAUGACGAUGAUUGGAGUAGAUAUUUUGAACAAAAUAUCAGAGAUUUUGGAGGCACACUCACAGAAUCAAUAGAAGUCCUUGGUGGUGAGGCUGAAAUAUGGAGCACACAUGCGGAUGAGACCAAUGUGAUCUCACUGGCUUGGCCUAGAGGUGCCGCCGUGGCUGAACGACUCUGGUCGAAGCACACUGUAAAUGUUAGUGAAUUUGGAGAGAGAGUGGAAGAACUCCGAUGCAGGAUGCGCCAGAACAACAUACCAGUUCAUCCUUUAAGUGGUUCAGGUUUCUGUCAAUCCUGA